AUGGUCAUCCUCUCCAAACUCUUUAAAAGUAUUAAUAGUAUCGAAUUGAAUGUGCAUCCUCAUAAGAAACAAUCGAAAAUGCCAACACAACCAUCACAACCUUCUCAACAAAGCACAAACUUAAAGAUGGAACAAGUGUCACAACCUCAACACCCCGAAGUCGUACUCGUCGAAUCACUGGUUCAACAAGUGAAAAGUUUAUCACUCUCCGAUGCUGAUCCAAUCUUGGUGUCAUCCUCUCCUCGAAAGGUUCAACAAGUUGGACCCAUGUCAAAGCCUCAAAAGAAGAAACCAAAUUUGCAAGUGAAUACUGAAAAGAAUAAUAAGAGAACAGUUCCACCCUAUGCCAUCUCCCUUCCUCGAAAACAUCAUGCUACGGAGCAAUUAUCGGGUGAUGUGAUUCGAAAUGUUUUCAUGCAAUGGAUUACUACCACAGAAUAUUCCAAGUUUUAUGAAAAGUAUCAAUAG